UGAGCCUCUGCCGCGACUGUACUCCUGGUCCUUUACUCCGAAUACUGUCCUCGCUUUCGUGCUUUCGAUACCUCAGUCAUGUCUGCUUUCUUUGGGAUCGGAAAGACGCGGACGUUCAAGCCGCGCAAGGACGUGCCCGAGGGUACGAAGCAGUAUCAGCUUCGCAAGUAUGCCGAGGCCACCCUCGGAUCAGGGAAUCUCCGUCUCGCGGUGCGCCUUCCGGAGGGCGAAGACCUCAACGAGUGGCUCGCAGUUCAUGCUGUGGACUUCUUCAACCACCUGAACAUGCUGUACGGCACGGUGACCGAGUUCUGCACACCACAGGAGUGUCCUAUAAUGUCCGCAGGCCCGAGGUACGAGUACCUGUGGGAAGAUGGCGUGCGGUACAAGAAGGCAACGAAGCUGCCCGCGCCGGAGUACGUGGACGCGCUCAUGAACUGGGCGCAAGGCCUGCUCGAUAACGAGGACAUCUUCCCCAGCGAGAUGGGCAAGCCGUUCUCGAAGACGUUCCGGGACACGAUCGGGCGGCUCUUCCGGCGGCUCUUCCGGGUGUACGCGCACCUGUACAGCAACCACUUCGACCACAUCUGCGCGCUCGGGAUCGAAGCGCAUUUGAACACGAGCUACCGACACUUCUUCCUGUUCGUGAACGAGUUCGAUCUGGUGGAUAAGCGCGAGCUAGCCCCCCUGGACGAGUUGAACGAGGCUAUUCUCGCCGAGGACAAGGGCCGGUAGGUGGAAGAACAUGACAGGCGCACAAACAGGCUGCAGUCGCAAUGUAUGUACAGUAGAGUGAUUGUAGGAGAUACCCACGGAGGCGAUCAUGUUCUCGGUCUCGGAGGAUGUCGCAGUAAAGAUUUGCGAGCUCGGAGCUCGCGACUGAGUGCGAAGCGGGGCGUGGAUUUUGUAAAUGACCUCAUUAAUUACCACUCGGAAUGUGGCUCGGCCUGUUCGCACGACGCAUAGGGCGUGCUGGAGC